CACGGAAACGAGUAUAUUUUUGUAUAUUUCUUCAAAUGGAAAGUGUUUUGGUGUACUAUUCCGUAAUUGUUUUAACAAGAACGUUUAUUUCUCAAUGUCAACCAUUGCGUUUGUGGUUUAAAUCAGGAUUUUGUUGAAAGACACUGAAAUAUCAGUGAAGGAUUGUUUGUUGACAAAAAUAUACAGAAUCAUUGACAAUUACUUGUAAACAAAAUAACCAAUAUAUAUGUUAAACUCCUAUGUAUAAGCGAAGUGCUAACGAACAAGUUUGGAAUGGUGUUGAAGCAGACUUAAAGGGUGGGUUAACUCCAACUUCCCUGCAGAAGCAAGAGAUUUCAAACUUGCGAUCAGAGAGUUGUCAUCAGUAUGUUCUUAAUAAAAAAAGUCGCGAAUAUCCAAGUAGCAUGCCAGUUUCCAGUCAGAGUCAUAUGACUCAGCAGGCCCUGCUGCCAAAAUGGAAAACUACACCGGGAGCCAUUGGAAUAUUCAAUCAUGGAAAUACAUGUUUUAUGAAUACAAUUUUACAGUGUUUGAGCAAUGCUGAUGUCUUUUCUGAAUACUUUGUUCAAAGGAAAUACAAAGAUGUCUUUAACAAUAAAGGGUUAAAGAAACUAGUUGGUAAUGUUAAAGGUGAAGUGAGUGACCAGCUUGGUAACCUUUUAGAAAGCCUUUGGUCUGGAGCUUAUACUGCAGAAGUAUCGGGGAAUUUUAAAUCCAUUGUUAGCAAAUACAAUGCUCAGUACAAAGGUGCAGCCCAGCAUGAUGCCCAAGAAUUUCUGCUGUGGCUUCUGGACAGGGUCAAUGAAGAGAUACAUCAGAGUGGAAAGAAAAAAGCCAAAGACUUGCCAGCUAAGAGUAAAAAAGAAAAGAUUGAAACGUCCAUCCAGAGUAACAAUCCAGAAGCUGUUCUUACAGCGGCUUGUGGGUUUGAGAUUUUCAAUAGAUUUCAAGCCUUGUACCAGUCUUCAUUGACAUGUCCAAAUUGUAAAAAGUUCAGCAAUACCUACGAAUCUUACCUUUGUCUUUCAAUACCUGUACCUCAAAAAUCGACACGUCCAGUAUUUGCAACUGUGGUAUAUUUAGAUGAUAAUCCGAAACAACUAAAAAUUGCUGUAGAAAUGAAUGUUAUGGACACUGUGAUGGAUCUGCGAGAGAAGCUGGCCCAUGAGCUAUAUGUUACUCCAAAAAGGUUGGUGCUCUGUCAGUUGUCCGAUGCUGGUUUCGGAAACACAUUUGGAGAUGACCAGCCCCUUACAGAUAUACACGAAUCUGAAAAUGUGUAUGUGUUUGAGACCCACCCAUUUAGCGACAUCAACAAAACACCGGAGGGGGAUCUGAUACAGAUAUUGCUGGUUCAUGUUGAAAAGACAAGCAAGAGAUGUUACAGGUUCGGCAAUCCAGAAGUGAUCAAGGUUUACCGUGAUUAUGAUUUCUUCACUCUACAACGCUGCAUACUGAAAUCCAUGGGAAUGGCUGUAGCGGAAGAAUGGAUCGAAAAAAGCAAUCAUUUUGAGCGUGCCAUAUUUGACAUCCGGGUGGUCGAGAGUGGGCCUUCAGACUGCUAUCUUGCGACCAACGUGGAAAUGCCUCUCUAUACGCAGGACAUUGACAGAGCCAUGGCAACCUACAGGGAGGAUUAUGGUUCUUCACAUGUGAAGUUUGUAGUAGAAUGGGAUACAGCCACAAAGCAAAGGAUAGUUGACAAUGACAAAGAUGUGGUAGAUGAACACAGCUCUGUUCACAAAGCCCGCCUCAGUCUUACCCAGCCUUCCUCUGUAUCCCUUGAUGACUGUCUCAGACUCUUCACAAAGGAGGAAAAGCUGGGUGAGGGAGAUGCGUGGAACUGCCCGUACUGUGGAAAAGUGCAGGACGGGGCCAUUAAAAAGCUGGGACUCUGGUCCACGCCUGAUAUACUAGUCAUCCAUCUUAAACGAUUCAGACAUUGUGGAUUGCGGAAAAACAAGGUGAACGUCCUAGUGAACUUCCCCCAUGACCUUGACAUGACCCCUCACCUUCUGUUGGAGACCCCUGGUUGUCAUGACGAUGAUGUCACCAACCAGUAUGAUCUUUAUGCUGUCUCAAAUCACUAUGGCAACAUGAGUGGGGGACACUAUACAGCAUACUGUAAAAACCCAGUGAAUAUGCAGUGGUAUGAAUUUGAUGACACAACCGUACAACCAUUGCAGUCUAACGAAAUCAUAAGUAAGGCUGCAUACCUCCUGUUCUAUCAGCGAAAACAGCUUACAAACAAUACUCAUGACAAUUUACUCUCCAAUUCACAUUGGGUGUUCAGUGUCAAUGAACCUCCAUUGAGUGUGGCGACUUCCAAAUCUUCAGUGAGUGAAGGCAAAAAAGUGACACAGAACUCUUCAUUUGAAGGUAGAAAGGGUGCCUACUCUUCAAAUGAAGUAUGGAAUGGUGAGCGUGUUCAAGAUUACUCAGAUUUGUUAGUAAAUAAAGUGAAGUUAUCUGAAAAUGAGAAAAGGGAUGGUGCUGUGUCUCAUGUACGGUCGAAAUCAGAAGCUCCCCUGGAUAGGCAUUCUCAAGUUCUUCUAAAUGAGGAAGCCUCUUUAAUUGAAGAGCUGAGAAGGGAAAUAACUCCUAGAAAAGAGAAACAGUAUCAAGAUGCUGAGUAUUAUAAUAGAGACUCUAGUGAUAGAUGGGAAAUGAACUCUCCAAGGGGACAUAAUUCUCAAAGAGAUAUUACCUCCCCAAAAAGAGAAGGUAUGGGCAUUAAUUCUCCGAGACAACAACCAAAACAUGACACACAUGAAUCUCCAAAAAAGGAACUGUUCCCAAACCAAACUCCUCUGUCACAGAAUUACAAUGGUGACAUAUCUCCUAGAAUUACCGAUAGACAAAGAACAUCUGUUGUUGAACAAAUCAUAAAAAGUAAAAAUGUUACUGACAAAAGUGGCACUCUUCGACCUCCUCCAAAAAUUCCACCGAGAGAGCACUACAGAAGGUCAGACAGCGUUGAUUCAAGCAAGAACAGUCACUCAUUCACUUCUGGAAGUGAUGGAAGUGCUCCCCCUUCCCCUUUAGAUAACAGCCCAACUGCUUAUCAGCCCAGUCAGAUGGCUUAUCAGAAAGUGAGUAGUGCAAGACCUCUGCAGUCCAAUGUUUUGAACAAUGAGCGCGAAAAUGCAAUAAUGAAUGGUACAGUUCCAAAUAAUGUGAAGUUAAAAGUAUAUGCCAAUCCAAUAAAUAAACCAAGCAUUGCAUCAAAACCGACUGGUGCUCAAUUGAAAGGCUCUGAAACAGUCAACAGUAGAAGUGUUAAUCAAAAGGUUACAAAUGCAGUUGCCCAGUCAGUAAAUCGUUCUCCCGACUCACCCCCUUACAGAACGGAUAUGUUUGCUACACCCCAACAGGUCAGAAAAUCCCCCUCACCUCCUGUACCAGCCAGAAACUAUUCCACACCCCAACCUGUCAGAAAAAGCUACCCUGAGUCAGCUAGAUCUACCAGAGACCCUGUGGAAAGACAAUACUCUGUCCCUUCAAGGCAAAAUACUGGUGACUAUGACGAUUAUGAUGGUCAAAAUAUUGGCCUUCAAGUUCAAGGUCUUGGUCUAUUAGACAAUCAGCCCAUAAGUCUUCCAAAUGAACAAUUAAACACAAAAAGUAUGGCUGAUAAGCCUCCACUUCCAAGAGGAAGUAAUCCUUCUAGACCUGUGACUGCUGUAGCAAGUGUUUCCCAAGAGUACAAAGUUCAAGGUCAAAGGAGACCAACCUCUGCUGUUGGGUCAAGUAGCCGAGGUCAAAGUUCAAGUUCAAGGCCACUCAAUGUGCAAGAAUCUAGAGGUGAAAGGUCAUCUGGAAGUGAAUCUGAGAGUCGAAGGUCAAGGGGACGGCAGGAGGUCAGGUCACGGGAGCGGCAUGAGGUGAAGAUGAGGAACAGAUCUGCAGAGAGACAGUCAGAUGUGGCCAGACGUAGUGUACGAAGUCGUCCAGAGCGUCCAUUAUCCUAUCACCAUUCCACCCACCCUGAGAUGAUUGACGACUACUAUCUAUCUCAACCCAUCGACGAUGAACCCACAAACUUUGAGCGUACAAGUUAUUACGCCACAAUUCGCCAACCACGUGCUGACACGGGCUAUUUAAGCAGCACAGACUAUCUUGUUGAUGGUCGCAGUGACCAUUCGCGGUAUCAGCUGCAGCAACCAAGCAAUAUCGUGACGACCACAGCCCAGCAGCCACGAUCACGGGCUCCAAUCGGAUACAAUCCAGCAUUAUACCAAGAUCGGGGUUAUGACUUGCCAAGGUAUCAGCCACAUUUACACAUGGAACGGUCGCUUCAACGGCUUGCCUUGAAGGAAAAGGAGAUGCAUAGGCAUAAAGUGAAGGCUGAAUGUUUGAAAGAAAGUAGUGUGUAAAUUUCAGUGUAUUUAAACUACUCUUUCACUCUCACAGAUUGACCAUUUUGAAACUUCUUUAUUCAUUGUCUUGGAAUGAGCCAAAUUUUGCGAAAAAGUCGGAGAAUCGGUGAUAUAAGACUGCUGAUAAAAUAUCAGAUCACAGUUUUCAAUCUUUACGUUCAGAAGUUGAUUUUUUUAUGGCUAAAAGAGUGACAAACAAUGAAAAUGACUUUUUUAUGGCUAAAAGAGUGACAAACAAUGAAAAUGACUGUGAUAAAAUGAUCCACAGUCUUCCAAACAAUUGAGAUCUGUUCUAUUGUUAGCUAUCUUACAUGUAUAUGACUGAAUUGAAAGCAUUUAUGUCAAAAUCAGCUGAUUCUGAGACAAUAAAUGAGAAAGUUGUCAAAUCAGUCAAUAUGUGAGAGUGCAGCUCUAAGGCAUCUGAAGUACAAAUAAUCUUGCUAUUUUGUCAAGCCAUUAGCAAUAAUGCUUAAUUUUGAUGUGCUGUCCCCAUUUUAUUUUUGGUAUAAUUAGAAAGGGUAUUGGUUACUGAUAAAUAUUGUCAAAAAUGAAUAACCAAAAAUACAUUGCUGAUUAAAUUACGGCAGUAUUUUUGUUCUUUAUUUCAACAGAUAUCGGUACAAAAUAAUCUAUUUAGCGACCCUUAAUUGCCAAAAAUGUGUUUUUGUUAGAACCCAAAAUCAGCAGGGCUUCUAAAAACCAACAAAUUGCUGGACUUGACUGAUUUUGACCAUACUGGACUGAUUUCAGUUUUAGAAAAUGGCUUAAGAAUCAAUCCGAAAUUUGUUCAUUAUUUUUAAUUUUGAUCCCAAAAAAUGUAGAAAUUGCAAAUCACAAACAGUGUUUGUCACGUCCCCAAAUACCAGGGGACUUCCUUGAGGGCGACACACGUGAUAACCUCUGUGUAAAUGGUCGCCAGCGAACAUAACCCUUACUUGGGUACAGUACGCUCAUAGUGUAAAACCAACUUUUUGUGACUAAAAAAAAUGAAUUUAUCGUCUUGAUACUGCCUCAUAUCAGUUGGCUGAAAAAUAACGAUCACAGUAAGAAUCUCAUUUAUUUUAUUUGUUUAUAAAUUUCAAUCUUUAUCAGCUAUGAACGCUCUAAAGAACUGCUUACAAAUUGCCACAUCAUGAAAAAAUAAUGACAGAAUUACACCUCGCUAAAAAAAUAAUUGGGGGGUCAGGGGGACGGGCCUAAAUUGAUUGAGAUUUAAAUUUUUAGAAGCCCUGAAAAUCUGUAUCAUGUUUAAAAUUUUCUUUUUUACACUAUGAUACCAACAUAAUAUGGAGUCAGCAGGCUUUCAAAAUGUACAUUAUGGUACAUCGGUUACCAUUAGUAUGUCUUAAUUUUUGAUGCAUUUGGAUUAAUAAGAUUUACAGUAUUGUUGAAAGUUUGAAAAAAUCCUUGUUGUACACUAUUACAGAUUGUCAAGAUCUUUUAUUGUUAUCUGAGUGUAUUAAAUCAAACAUGUUAAUAUUGCCAUGGUAUUUUCUCAGAUAUCAUUUUGUAGAAACCAGUCAACAUUAUGACAUCAUUAUUUAUUUCAUUGCUGCACUUUGAUUGGACAAGCUCGAUGUCAUUUAACCAAUGAUAAAGAGCGCUUCAACUACCCAUUCCUUUUUACAGAUGUUAAAAACUGAACAGAAUUUUUUCUUUAAUUUUAUUUAAAAAAAAAAUAUGAAUCCAUCCUUAAAAGAUGCACAGAUCAUAUGAAUAAAAUUUUGUAUAUCUGAAAAUGUUUUUGGUAACCAUGACAAAUUAAAACUAAAUUCCAUGUUUGGAUAUCAUUAACCAGUACAUUUUUACACAGACUAACUAUAUACACAGGGAUUUUCCACUUAAUUAUAAUAUAAUAGGGGCUGAAAUGUAGCAACUUCCCAGUUGCACAAACUGACCUAAUUACCUAAUUUGCUUAAUGAAGUUUCGCUCAGUUUAUCAUUUCUGGUUCCAAGGAUAACAAAUAGGAUUGAUUAAUAUGGAAGGUGAUCAAAAUAUCUUAAUACAGGCAAUAUGCAAUGAAAUAUUUCAGAUCUUUUCUAUUCUAAAACUUUAAAGAAUGCAUUUGUGAUCAGAGAUAUUUUAAAUAAGAUGUUUCAGCUGUACUUGUUUGAUUAUAAUAUAUAUGAACUCAUCAAAACAUAUUUAUGUUUUAAAAGUUAACAGCGAUGAAGUUAACGAUGUUGUUAACUUUAAUUAAGUUCUGAACAAUUAGUCCAUAUACCAGUUGCUUAACGCUUAAGCUGCUGAUGGCGAUUUUAAAGGCUUUGCAAACAGCUUGGAACCAGACCAGACGCCGAGUAACUCGGCGCCUGGUCAGGUUCCAAGCUGUUUGCCACUCAGUCAAUAUAUCCCCAAAGUUUUAAGUAAAUUGAAAGAAAUUUAGAAUAAACCUGACAACAUUUUUGAGCAGACGACAAUUUACCCAGCAUGCAAAGGGUUAAGAAGCCCUGUAUUGCAUUAAUCAGUUCAUGUCAUUCACAAUGUUGUCAAUAUUCUAGAAUCUCAAAUACACGGAAUUGAUAUUCGAGGAAACAUUACGGGCAUUUUAAGAGUUGUUAAAACUCACACAUCAUGAAAAUAAUGUCAAAAUUGAUUUCAAGUUCAAAUUACUUGAUAAUAUGUUGAAACACAGAAAACUUCAGCUUGAAGUUUGGACAGUCAUGAUUGAAUUUCAUAGGUUCAAACCUUAAACAUAUUUCCGUUCGAAAAUUAAUGUUUGUAUAGCGUAAACCGUUACUAACGGUUUAAGAAAAAUGCAUAAAACAUCAAUUUUUGAACUUAAAUAUGAAACUCAUUUUAUAUUUAUUUGUCAGCAGUCUAAUAUAACUGGUUUCCAUGGUUUUUCGCAAAAAAUGGCUCGUUCCAAGAUAAAAAAUAAAAAAGUUGUCCGAACGUAUAAUCUUUGAGAGUGCAGCUUUAAAAUGAUGUUUCAUCUAUGAAAAAAGAAUUGUGUUCAUAUUUCAAAAGUAAUUAUUUUUCUUCCAUCUCCGACCCUAUAAAACAUGAGCAAGUCCCUUUAAAUUAUUUUUCUCCUGUGAUAUGUAAAGCAUUCCUUUAUUCUUUGGAACAACAGAAAUUGUUGUUAAUCCAACAUUGGUUAGUGAUCUUUUUAAAGUA